AUGGCAGAGAUUGUGAUUCUUCUUGCCAUUGAAAAGAUCGGAAUUGCUUUGGCGAAGGGGGCGGCAGGCCAAGCCACUGGGCAGUUUGCGAAGUAUGGCGCACAACUACUUGAGCUAGAGGGCAGCAUGGGUCGUGUUACUAGGGAGCUUCGUGUAAUGCAUGAUGUUCUCUGUCAAAUGGACAUUCAGAUUCACAAAGAUCAAGGAUAUGAGGGAUGGUUGGAGGAGGUACGAAAAGUAGCACAUGUGAUGGAGGACAUGGUGGAUGAGUACUUGUAUCUAGUUGGUCAAGAACAUGCUAUAGGUUGUUGCUUUUUCCUGAAAAGAGGGUUCAAAAACCCAAGAUCUUUUCUUUCUUUGAAGCGGAUAGCUUUCAAGGUGAAUGAAAUAGAGAAAGACCUUUCACACCUGUCAGAGACAAAAAACCGAUGGGUUCUCCUUAUAAAUAACGGGGAUACUAGCAAUGUGAAUUACGUUGUCAAGAGGGCCCAAGAUCUAGCAAGCAUUUCACGCUCGCUUGAUGAUGAAAAUCUGGUGGGGGUGGAUGGCAACAGAGAAAAACUUGAGAAGUGGUUGGCGGGAGAUGAUCUGGAACACUCAGUGGUAGCGAUGCUCGGAAUGGGAGGGCUUGGUAAGACAGCUUUAGCUGCAGAUGUCUACAAGAAGGUGAGAGAGAAAUUCCAGUGCCAUGCUUGGGUCUCCAUCUCUCAAACUUAUUCCAGAGAAGAUGUUUUGCUAAAUAUAUUCAAGGAACUUUUUAAAGAUAAUCUCAGUGUUCUAUCUGGAACCAUGGCUAUGAACCUCACAUGCCUUGAAGAGACACUGAAGAAAUUUCUGAAGGAACAGAAGUAUUUGAUCGUAUUGGAUGAUGUUUGGACUCCAGAAGUUGUUGAUGACUUGUCUAGGGUGCUUAGUUAUAAUGAUAAGGGCAGUAGAUUGAUAAUCACAACAAGGGAAGGCAAUGUUGCUGCACUUGCCUCUCACGGACAUAUCUUAACAAUGAAAGAAUUACCAGAAGACAAGGCAUGGGAUCUGUCGGUGUCAAAACCGGCGGAUCUCGGGUAG